UAUAACAAAAGUCUAUGCUCUAAAAAGCAUCUUAUCUCCUCAUUUCUCAUGUGGGUAGAUGGUCUAUAUAUCUAGCCACCUGUAUAUCUACCUUAUUGCAUUCUUUAAUUCCUUCAUCAUUUACAGACUUGAAGAUCAGAUGGAGAAUUCUGACAAGGCAAGUGUUAGGCACUACAAGAAAUCGGAUCUUCCUCGUCUCCGGUGGACGCCGGAACUCCAUGACCACUUUGUUCAAGCUGUUGAAAACCUGGGCGGAAAACAUAAAGCAACACCAAAGAGAAUUGUGCAAAUGAUGGGAGUAAGAGGGCUUCAGAUGUCUCAUGUUAAAAGUCACUUGCAGAUGUAUCGGAGCAUGAAGAAAAGGACCACUAUUAACCUAACGGUACCAAUUGCAAAUAGGAUGAACGUAGAGGAGAUAGCUUGGUCCCCUCCAAGGGAGUUUAUUGAUAAAAAUCAAGAAGGGAAGAAUAAGAAGAAACAAAUCAAAAUCCCAAUCAUGUACAAUUUGCAGGUGAUUCAAGCCAGGGAAGAUGUUCAUUCUGAUGUUGAAAUUGAAAAUCAGAGCGAAAUUUCUGAAUAUAUGAACGAAACGACAUUUCAUGAUUGCGGAAAGCGCAUAAGCCUAUGCUCCUUUGAUAAUGAUCUUCUCAUCUCCAAUUCAAGGGAUCUAAACAAUUGCUUUGACUUCUUCCUAAAAUCUUGUAGUAAGGGAAGUAGGCACGUUAACCUAGAUUUAACCAUCUCAUCAUCAUGUCAUUAAUAAGGCGUUUUACCAAAAUACAUAAAGUCAACAAAAGCUCAUUCAGCUUUGUUAGUAGCAUUAUUAUUUUUCAUCAUUAAAUUACUCCCCCCAUUGUCACAAAAUUGAUGUUCAGUUUGACUUUCCACUGUAAAUAUAAUUUGUACUAAAAAUAAAACUCAAACCUGAAAAAUCAUUUUGAGACGAAAAAAAUAGCAUUUUUGUAUCGUGUCAUCUGCUAGCUAGCUACUUGGUUAGAACUAGAGAUCUCUU